GUAAUGAAUGAAACGAACACUUUAAUAAAUUGGCCUGCACGCUUGAAAAUCGGAGCUCGCUCUAAAAAAGAUCCUCACGUGAGAGUCGCUGGUCGACCUGAUGAUGUGAAAUUGGCUCGUGAAAAAAUUAUGCAGUUACUGGACACAAGGAGUAAUCGUGUUACAAUGAAAAUCGACGUCAGCUACACGGACCAUUCGCACAUAAUCGGCAAGGGUGGUUUGACGAUAAAACGCGUCAUGGAAGAGACGGGCUGCCACAUUCACUUCCCGGACUCGAACAGGACCAGCACCGUGGAGAAGAGUAACCAGGUCUCCAUCGCAGGUGAUAUGGAAAGAGUCGAACGAGCCAGGGCAAGGGUUCGAGCGCUAACCCCACUAGUAUUCAGCUUUGAGCUUCCGAUAGUGUCGGCUUCACAACCGCUGCCGGACAUUAACUCGCCCUACGUACAUCAGAUACAAGAACAGUAUAACGUUCAGGUGAUGAUCCGUAACCGUCCGAAGCUCCACGCCAACCUGCUGGUGGUGAAGGGAGUCCAGUGGGAAGUGCAGGCCACCAUGGAGGCCACCAAACUACUCAUGAACUACAUGUGCGGACCACUCGCUAGCCAAACCCUGGUUCAGAUGUCACUGGAAAUAUCUCCGAUGCACCACGCCGUGGUGGUAGGUCGGGGUGCUGAGCAGCUGAAGGUCAUCAUGAAGGGCAGCGGGACGCAGAUAAUGUUCCCGGACGCGGACGACCCCAACAUUCCGCCCCUCAAAAAGAGCUGCGUCACUAUCACCGGACAGAUCCAAGACGUGUACACGGCCAGGCAACAACUUGUGGGCAGCCUGCCGCUGGUUGUGAUCUUCGAUGUGUCGGACGAGGCGUGUCGCGUGGACAACGACGCCGCCAACAAGCUGAUGCAGAAACACAACGUCUACAUCAACAUCAGACGCAAGCCUAAGCAGGGGAUCGCUUCCGUCGUCAUCAAGGGGAUAGAGAGAUGCGCAGGCGACAUCUACGAAGCCCGCCGCGAGCUGCUGGGCGGGAAGGAGCCGGUCAUCGCAGCGGAGAUACCGGAGUCGUACAACAUCCCGUCGCUGGGCAGCACCAUGCCCAACUUCGGGCCGUUCAGUCCGUUCUCGGCGCACGCGUCGCCCUACAGCCCCGAGUGCGGCGGUGCGGCGGGGCCCGCGCCCUACACGCCCGAGUACGGCGCCGUGGUGUCGCCCGGCGCGUGGCUGCUCAGCCCCCCGGCGAGGGCGGCGCACUUCCACUACCCCGCGCUGGGACCGACCCUACAGCUGCCGUCGCAGAACUCCGUCGUGUACAAGAAUCAAACUUGGAACCCGCUGUCUAACAACAACGACAUAAGUGGACUGCCACAGACGAUGUUAAUGCAGCAACCCUACCAGCAAGCGCCGGCUGAAAACCGACCCAGCACGCUGAGCCAACUGCUGAACUCGAGCUCGCAGGCGAGCAGCGGCUACCAGAGCAACUUCACCGGCAGCUGCGUCUCCCUUGACGCGCACAACAUGUCCGGAGGCGAAGGCAGUAACGUCGGCUCCCCCUCGGUGUCCCCUAUCAGCAAGACUCACAGCCCCGCGCACGCCGAUGCUGAAAGAUCCCAAGAGUUGGCUAGUAUAAUAUCGGAUAUACCGCUGUCCGAGCGGCGCGCUGUGGGCUGCGAGAAGAAGACGCUGGAGACGCUCAACAAGCUGUCGCCCCUCACCGAAUACAGGAAGAUGAAGCAGGAAGCCACUAAGGCGAUGCGGGAGAGCGUGUGCGGCGGCGGGUACCGGGUGCCCACGCCGCGCUGGGCCGGCUACUACUUCAGCCACACGUCGCCGGGGCCCAUCAACCUGCACGAUAACGAAGGAAUCACUUCGCCGGAGAAGGCGUGGAGCAGACCCGACCUGGUCCGGCCCAACAUCGCGGAGAGCGCGCCGCACAAGCCGUGCCGCUACAAGCAGCUGUACGAACUGCUGCGAGACGUCGGACUGCACAAGUACAUCGACAUGUUCAAGAAACACGAAGUGGACAUCUGCACGUUUGCGUCACUGAACGAGGCCGACCUGUCCGAGCUGGGAGUGACGGCGUUCGGCGCGCGACGGAAGAUGCUGCUCCUCAUAUCCGAGCUCCAAAAACAGUCCAAAACAAUGAAGGGCCCCGUCGCUCCCGGCGCCGAUCGAAAACUCGUUAGCUCGCCGCCGCAGUACAACACGACCGCCCUCUCUCAGGACAAGUGGUAAACAGCAUUUAGAGGGACGUUUAAAAAAAAGCCACACCAAUA